ACGUGGCCACUGGCACUUCGAAAACUUCCUACGCCAAACCAGCAACAUGACACGAGAGUUCGUGACGGCCUUCGCAACCUUCCUCGCGACCCCGAUCCACUCCCUCCCAAGCGAGAUCCUGUUGGACAUCUUCGACCUAGCGAUCGAUGAAAUCUGGACACGCAACACAAAAGAAGGGCACGACUGCGCCUUCAAGCUGUCGCACGUCUGCCACCGAUGGAGAAACAUCAUGCUGAACUACAGUGUGAUGUGGCACAGGAUCUAUAUCGGGGACGGGCAUGGGCAGAGAAGCCGGACGCUCGAGUGUUUCCGACGUAUCAAGAAUAACCGACACUUCGAACUGAACGCCUCCCCCUGCUCCCCCUACGUGGUAGUCGACGAAGAUGCCUCGGGGCCGGCGCUCGAUAUCGAUAUCAACUGCGGGGAUAGUAACAAGUACUGUGCCGGGGCAGUGCUGUGUAAGAAUCUGCACCGGGUGCGCAAGCUCCGCAUCACCGCAUCCGCAGAGCCAAUGCGAGUCAUGUCCCGAUACUGCAAGGAGCCCGCGCCCCUACUCGAAGAGCUGACGAUCGUGCCUCAUGGGGGAUCGGUACGGUGGGCGACGUAUAUCACCGGCGUGGACAUGGACGAGAUGUUCAAGAAGAAGUCGCCGCGGUUACGCAAGGUGGACGUGACGCUGGUGCAUUUGCGCUGGCCGAGUCCGCUGCUCAAGGACCUUCGCGUGCUCAUCGUUCGCUACGCGCCGUUCGGCGACUGGCCACAAUUGUACGACCUGCUUGAUUCGCUGUGCGCCAGUCCCGAACUGGAAGAGCUCCAUCUUCUCUGUCCGCCUGGUGCGCUGCACAGCUCCUAUCCCGAGAUUGGGCCAGCGCAAGAUCUCUUCCGCGACCUAGUGUCCGAUCCAAUACGGGCCGACAAUACCAGAGUGAUCCUCAAGAAACUCAAGAUGGUUGCUUUGGAGAACGCGUUCCUCGAGACGAUCCCGAUGUUGCUACCCUUCUUAGAUGUUCCAAACGGGGUAGAGUUGAAGUUAAUCGCAGACGACGACCAGUCGAACCUCAGGCUAGGGCCCCUCCCCAAAUGCGACUUCUUGGACAGGGCGGUGGCGCUUCGGAUUACAGGACUCGGGUUUGAGAGCAGGCGGGCAUCAGCGCGCUUGGCGGCACUGAUUGACGCCAUGCCCAAGUUGACACUCCUAAAGUUGCAUGCCGGUGCCGGUCAGGAGCUUGUGCAGCAUUAUAUCAGAGAACUGGAGGAUACGACAAACUGGGCGAAUUGA